CAACAGUCAUGGUCAGGCCAGUUCGUGCUAAAAUGUGAAUUUUGUUGCUACUAUGAGACUAAUUUAAUACCCAAUUAGCCGAUAAAUUCAAGAAAAAAUAAAAAUGGAAACUACAACUAAUGGUGAUUGCCAACAAUCUCAAGAAAAUGUACGAGUUUUUAUAAGAAUAAGGCCCUUAACUAAAAAGGAAGUUUCGGAAGGAAAUGAUAAUGUGAUUAUAUGUGACCAUAAAGAAAAUCUUAUAGCUCUCAAAAAAAAUGGGGAACAUACCAAACCUUUUAAAUUUGACCAUAUAUUUGGACCACCAACAACUCAGCUGGAAAUGUACAAAAUGACUGCAUUUCCAAUUGUAGAAAAAGUUUUGGAAGGUUACAAUGGAACAAUAUUUGCAUAUGGUCAAACUGGUACAGGCAAAACAUACACCAUGGUUGGAAACCACUUAGUACCAGAACUAAAAGGCAUAGUACCCAACACUUUUUCACACAUUUUUAGCCAGAUCUCUAGAGCCAGUGAAGAAAAAUCCUUUGUAGUAAAAGUCACAUACCUUGAAAUUUACAAUGAAGAGGUUAGGGAUCUUUUAGCUCAGAAUCCAACAAAAAAGCUUGCAAUAAGAGAACGAAAAGAUAUUGGUGUUUAUGUUAAAGAUCUCAUGGGCUUUACAGUAGAUUCUAUCCAGGCUGUUACAGAACUAAUUAAUAGAGGAAAUAAAAAUCGGAUAACUAGGUCUACAUUAAUGAAUGAUGUUAGCAGCAGGUCUCAUGCUAUUUUUACUGUAACUAUUGAAUCAAGGAAUAGGAGAGACAAUAAAACCACAGUUGGAAAAUUGAACUUAGUAGACUUAGCUGGUUCUGAAAGAGCUUCCAGAACUCAAGCCACAGGUGAAAGGCUAAAAGAAGCUAGCAACAUUAAUUUAUCCCUUUCUGUAUUGGGAAAUGUAAUAUCUGCCUUAGUAGAUGGUAAAAGCACCCAUAUACCAUAUAGAAAUUCUAAAUUAACUAGGUUACUUCAAGAUUCUCUUGGUGGAAAUUCAAAAACUGCAAUGAUUGCUAUGAUAAGCCCUGCUGACAUAGAUUAUGAAGAAAGCAUGUGUACACUUCGUUAUGCUUCUAGAGUUAAGUUUAUAAAGAACUGUGUUAAAAUUAAUGUAGAAGAAAAAGGACUGAUAGAAGGAUUUGAACUUGAGAUUGCUGAGCUCAAAGAUAGACUAGCACAAUUAAGCAUGGCCGAACAAAGACGUGAACAAAAAAAGAAAGAUAGAGUUGUCAGUGCAGAGGAAAAAGAGAAGUCUAAACAAACUAAAAUGGAAUUAGAAAAAACUGAGAAAAUGAAGACAGAACUGGAAGAAAAAGUUGCUCUAAUCCAAAAGAAGAUUCUGGUCGGUGGAGAAAAUUUGCUAGAGAAAGCCCAGCAACAGGCUUUCUUCUUAGAAUCCUCAGCAGCUGAAUUGGAAAAUUUAGAUAGAAGCCAUCAACAAUUAGAGGAGCAACUGAACAAAAAGACUUUAGAAAAAAUAGAUGUAGAAGAACAGUAUUCUUCUAUGCAAGAAGAAGACAUAGGUCUUUCUAAAAAACUGAAAAAGAUACAGACGUUUAUCAAGGAAGAGAAAGAGGAUCAUUCUGAUAAAGAAAGGGAAUACCAAAGAGAUUUAGAAGCUCUCUAUGACAAUAACAGACUGUUGGUACGAGAAACCCAACUGGCUAAUCUUAUAAUUGAAAGCUACAUACCUCCAGAAUAUUUGAAAAAGAUUCAAACGAACAUGAUAUGGAGCAAUGAUGGUCAAGAAUACCAAAUGCGGGGUGUUGCUUAUACAGGAAACAAUAUGAGAAAACGUCAAAAUGCAAGUGUUGAAACUUUAGCCCAAGUAAAAUUCGAUAUGAAGCAACCUUAUCACAAGUACCCUGAAAGAAAAAAGGAAAAGUUAAGAGAAAAGCGCCAAUUGCCCAAGAGCUUAUCUGCUGCACCAAAGUCACAUUAGUAGGUAUUAUUUGUUUUAAAUAUUUUGUUCUUAGACCUUGAAGCAUUCACUAGAUAAGUAACGAAUUUUUAAUAUUUACCAGUUACUUCAAUUCUAUUUAUCUAAAAUUGAUAUUGCUUCAUAUUGUUAUUUUUUUAAAAACAAGCAAAAUCAUAAUAUUAAAAAUGCUUAUGUUACCUUUAGUUUGAAAGAGUUUUUGACACAUCUCUUCCAAGUUUAAUUUUAAAAGGAAGGACUGUUUGUUGCUUGGUCUAGUGAUUGAAGGCCUAAUAUUUUCUCCUGCCUUAAAAAUUAUUCACAGACAUUUACCUAGAUUUUUGUUAUAUCAAUUAAUAUUUUAACAGAUAUAGCAAUCCAUUUAAAACUAUACAAAAAUUUAAAAUUUCAUGAAAACGAUUCAGAUGCAAUGCAAGAUAAUUGUUUAUAUUUAUAAAUUACAGUAAAUUAUUACACCCUCAUCUGACUGCGAAAAAUGGCCUGUUGUGUUUUUUUGCUUUCUAUUUGUAGAUGGGUACAGGGAAGUGGGCGAACAACAUGUAUUAUGUCCCGGUGGUGGGAGUUGCCAUGUGACCUGUCAAAUUUAAUGUAAAGUGCUUAUUGAUGGAAUUUUUGAUUUUUGGCUGGAAAUGAAAUAUAUGCUUUUAGAUGUCUAUAAUGAUAAAAAGUCUCUCUGCAAGCAAUUUUCUGUUGUCCGGGUUUUCUACUUCCGGUGUAGGGAAUUGUAACCUUGAAAUAGGUGUAAAAUCAAACUUUCAACUUGAAAACAUUUUUUUAUUCAAUAGUUCUGCCCCACUCACCAUAAAACCCGGGGUGAAUAGAAGAUUGAAUGGUUGAAAUGUCAGUGAAACGGGCUCAGUUGUAUGUUUUAUUUAAUUGUAUAAUAAGUUGUCCCGAGGUUAUUGAAAACAGGACUAAACUAGAAUGAAGAUAUACUUUUCACGUUGUUAAUCAGAUUUUUCCAUAAUCAGUAGGCUUCAUCCCCUUAUAGAGCUUGAUUUUUCCUAAAAAUUUCAAAUUGAUAUUGUUUCUUGCAUUUUUUUUUAUAUUUCAAACCCCCUUAACUUUUCCUUUCAAAAUCAAUAGGCUUCGUCCCCUUAUAGAACUUGUUAAAAAUUUUAAGUAACCUUUUUUAGUUUUUGAUUUAUGAUUUUUUUAAAGUUCAACCCCCUUAACUCCUCAAUUUUAAUCAAAUUUUUUUCAGAAUCAAUUGGCUUCGUCCCCUUAUAGAACUUGAUUUUCCUGAAAUCAUUUUUUUGUUUUUGACUUAUUGUGUGGACAAAAACGUGACAUCAGACGGACGGACAUUUUAAAAAAUUGAUGAAAAAAGAUUUUGGUACAAAAAUUUUUAAAUUUGGACCAAUAUUAAAAAUUUUGGUUUCUCAAAAGUAAACCCAUAAUAUUCUUCACAGACUAAUGUGUGAAGAGUGUAAUAACUAUUAGCCAUGGACUUUAGAAUCUCUUGACACAAGGUCAUGUCAAAUUUGUGAUCGCCGCCAUGUUAGGUCAGAUUUAUGUUGGUAUGAUUAUAACCAUAUAACAGUUAGUGCAUUUGUCAAAGUUGCCCUAUAAUGACAGAAUUAGGCAUUCCAACGACCUGUCCAAAUGGCUACCAGUGGGAUCUGACAGUUUAGAUAUGGCAACCCUGUGGACAUGUUAUCAUUAACAAGGUCAAUGAUACCUAUAUAAUAAUAAUAAUAAUCUCCCUAAUUCACGAGUGAAUUUUAACCCCAAAAGCUGAGCUCGUGCAGGGAAAGAGACGGAUAUUAUUAUUAUUUGCCGUGGCGCUCCGGGGCGACUUUAAGAUGAUUGAUGGUGCCAUUUGACUUACAGGUGAGGAAAACCCGGAAAACCGCACCCACCAUCAUCGGAGACGGUAAUGCAUGGCGAUUUUAUAAUCUGCAUGUCAUAUCAACAGAAAUUGAAUUUCUAUUAAUACGGCACACAUCAAAUCCUAUACCGAAUCAUGCAAUUUAAUUAAAAAUCCACAUGCUCUGGGUUGGGAUUCAAAGCCCGGCAGUCUCGUACCAUAAACUUGCCUAUAAAUGAAUAUAAGCGCGUUAGACUGCUACACCACCGACCCGAUAU